AACAAAAUUAUAUUUUUGCAAAAUCUGGAAAAACAAAACAAAGAAACAAACAAAUGAAGAAGAGAUGAGAGGAGACAGAGAAUUAAAUUAGAGGAGCAGAAGAGAGAGAGAGAGAGAUAUAGAGAUUAAUAAGGUCAUGGCGGCGUUGCAGAGCGCAAGAAAGAUGAUUUAAAUCUCUCUUCUUCUUCUUCCUUCUUACAUAUCUCUGUGUGUUUCUUAAAUACUCUCUCUCUCGUACCGACAAACAAGUUUUGCUUUUUCAUCAGAGUCUCAAAAAGCUAUUCCAACUUCAAUACACUACAAACCCAGAGAAUGAAUUCAACCUAAAAACCCUAGAAAUCCUCUAAGAUCUAGAGUGAGAAAGUUAGAGUGUAUAGAACUACAAAACAUAGGAUCUUUGGUUUUGGGUUUUGUUCCAUUUUCUUGAUUGGUUAGUGGGUGAGUGGUGGUUAUGGGUGGUGGUUGUUGUCUUGGUGAAUGGCGGGGUUUUUCUCGCUAGACGGUGGUGGAGGAGGAGGCGGAGGUGGAGGUAACAACCAAGAAGAUCACCGGAGCAACACAAAUCCUCCUCCGCCUGUAUCAGAAGCUUGGCUCUGGUAUAGAAACCCUAACGUUAACGCAAACGCAAACACAAACGUUAACGCAAACGCUCCUUCUUCGUCAAACGCUGCUUUAGGAACACUUGAGUUAUGGCAAAACCACAAUCAGCAAGAGAUCAUGUUUCAGCAUCAGCAACAUCAGCAAAGGUUGGAUCUUUACUCUUCCGCCGCAGGUUUAGGUGUUGGACCAAGUAAUCAUAACCAAUUCGAUAUCUCCGGCGAAACUUCAACCGCCGGCGCCGGAAGAGCUGCGGCGAUGAUGAUGAUUCGUAGUGGUGGUAGCGGAGGAGGAAGUGGUGGUGUGAGCUGUCAAGACUGUGGGAAUCAAGCGAAGAAAGAUUGUUCUCACAUGAGGUGUAGAACUUGUUGUAAAAGCCGUGGCUUCGAGUGUUCUACUCACGUGAGAAGCACGUGGGUCCCUGCUGCUAAACGCCGUGAGAGACAACAGCAAUUAGCUACGGUCCAGCCUCAAACUCAGCUGCCUCGCGGUGAGAGCGUUCCUAAACGCCACCGUGAAAAUUUACCGGCAACUUCAUCGUCUCUUGUCUGCACUCGCAUACCUUCUCAUUCAGGGCUAGAAGUUGGCAAUUUCCCGGCGGAGGUGAGUUCAUCGGCGGUGUUUAGGUGCGUGCGUGUGAGCUCAGUAGAAGAUGGAGAAGAAGAGUUUGCUUACCAAACAGCUGUAAGCAUUGGUGGUCACAUUUUCAAAGGCAUUUUAUACGACCUCGGUCCUGGAAGUAGUGGUGGCGGAGGCUACAACGUUGUUGCCGCCGGUGAGAGCUCCUCUGGUGGUGGUGGAGCUCAACAGCUGAAUCUCAUAACAGCUGGCUCUGUAACCGUUGCUACCGCUUCUUCCUCUACUCCAAACCUCGGUGGUAUUGGCAGCUCAUCAGCCGCGGCAGCCACGUACAUUGAUCCAGCCGCUCUUUAUCCAACUCCGAUCAAUACAUUCAUGGCCGGUACACAAUUCUUUCCCAACCCAAGAUCAUGAGGAAAAUCUGACAUAAAAGCAACAUAACUCUUUUGAAUUCUUAGAAUAGAAUUAGGGUUUAUAAACGUUAAUUGUCGGAUCAUAUUAUAUAAAAGAGUAUGCAGAAGUGGGGAAGUGAAUCUGUUUAUGCUUCCCCUACUUUUAGACACUCAAAGUUGUUGCAAGUUUUAGGGGUUUUUAAAUGGAAAUUCAAUUCAAAUAAUACCAUUGUCUUUUUAUAUGGUUUUGUGAGGAUAUAGUGUUGUGUAUCAUUUAAAUGUUAGGAGCACAAUAUA